AUGUCCUCGCUCGCCGACGAGCUCCCCGUCUACGCCUCCUCGUCCGCCCUCGUCCACCUCCCGCGCAGCCUGCAGAAGCCGCAGUACAAGGAAAUUAAUAGAGACGCCCUCGCGUCCGUCGAGCCCGGUCUCCGCGACGUCCCGGUCGAGUACGUCCUCCGCGGGAUCGCCAAGCAAGCAUCCGAGAUGCUCGCGGCCAUCUCCGCCGUCAGCCAGUCCGUGCCCAAGGCGCUGCCGCGCACGGGCCUCCCCUCGGGCUUCUCCGCCUCCGUGCCACCGCAGGUCGCGCACAGCGCGCCGACGCACGUCCUCGCCGUCGCCUCCGCGGGCAACGCCGCGCCGAACGUCACGCUCAUCCCGACGCACCACCUCGUGCUCGCCGCGCACUGCGCGAACGUCCCCGGCCUCCCGCGGUCCGCGCCGAGCAACGGCGGGCGCGUGAUGCUCCCCGUCGUGCCCUUCACCGUGCCCUCCGCGAGCACCUUCGCGAUCCUGCACUCGUACCUGUACACGAAGCGCCUCGACUCGCUGCUCAACGCGCUCCUGCCCCUCCCCGCGCACUUUGUCCCGAGCACCCUGCAGUCCGCCGCGCAGAUCCACGGCGACGCGCGGAAGAGGGCCGCGCAGCACGUCGCCGCCACCCUCGGCUACUCCGCGGACCACCUCGCGCGGUACGUCGGGCUCGUGCACUCGCUGUGGAAGAAUAUCGUGUCCCUCGGUGUGUACGACAAGGAGCUCUGGCAGGCGCUCGACCUCGCGUGGGACGUCGUCGUCAACGCGGUGUACAUGGCGAACGGCAGGCAGUGA